GUUGUUAUGUGUAAAAAAGCGGCACGUGCUGGUCUAUCACAAAGUUUGUUUGAAAGAUUGGUUGUGCUGGGUAUUAGACCAUUCCGUUUAGAAGUACAAUAUCGUAUGCAUCCUGAGCUUUCACAAUUUCCGUCUAACUUCUUUUAUGAGGGUUCCUUGCAAAAUGGUGUAUGUGCAGAAGAUCGGAAACUUAAAAUUGAUUUUCCUUGGCCUCAACCGGAUAGACCAAUGUUUUUCUUAGUUACUCAAGGUCAGGAGGAAAUUGCUGGUUCCGGAACUUCUUACUUAAAUCGCACUGAAGCUGCAAAUGUUGAAAAAAUUACAACACGAUUCCUUAAAGCAGGUGUUAGACCAGAGCAAAUUGGUAUUAUAACACCAUAUGAAGGUCAGAGAGCUUACCUAGUACAAUAUAUGCAAUACCAAGGUAGUUUACAUUCAAAACUCUAUCAAGAAAUUGAAAUAGCCAGUGUAGACGCUUUUCAAGGUAGAGAAAAAGAUUUGAUUAUAAUGUCGUGCGUACGUUCCAAUGAAAGACAAGGUAUCGGUUUCUUAAAUGAUCCUCGUCGUUUGAAUGUUGCUUUGACUCGUUCCAAGUAUGGCACAAUUAUUGUUGGAAACCCGAAAGUUUUAUCAAAACAAGCAUUGUGGAAUCAUUUGUUAAAUUUUUACAAGGAUCGCAAAGUACUUGUUGAAGGUUCCUUGAACAAUUUGAAGGAGUCUUUAAUACAAUUUCAAAAACCGAAGAAAAUUGUUAAUACACUUAAUAUGGGUGCACACUUUAUGAAUACAAUAAUGGCAAAUGCAAAAGAAGUUAUUGUACCUGGAUCUGUAUACGACAGAACUAGCAAUUAUGGUAUUAGUAGUGGUCCAAGUAAUUUACCUGGCAACAGUUUUGGUUUGGGUUUCAAUACUGGUAUGGGUGGUGGAAACUUUAACUCAAAUCAGGGUAUGUUGAUGUCACAAAAUUAUAUGACAGGACCUAGCUAUUCAGGCGGACGUGUUCCUGUUGGCAACGCCACACAAAAUGCUGUAUCCAAUUAUCAACAGUGGGGCAAUCAACAUGAUUCUAUUAGUUAUGUUUCCCCAGAACGUGUGCGUGCAACUUUGAAUAAUAUGCCCGUACCUGUUGGUAUGUUUAUGAAUAUGGGAAAUAUGCCUCGUCGCUUUUAUAAUCAACAAGCGGUGCAAGCUGCUGUAAAACAAGGACGAAACGGUGGUGGUAACGGGCAGACUAAAACUAAUGGUUCUAACGGUUCUACUAGGAACCAACAGGGUGGCAAAGGACGUCCCAUUUUGGCCAACAGUUUUACAAGCGUUAUAUCACAAGCUAGUGCGUCACCACUUACUCAAAAUAUGUCCCAACACGGUGGAUUCGCCCUAUCGCAACAACCGGAUCUUUCUCAAGAUUUUGGACAAAUUUCCCAAAUAGAUGUGUUAUCUCAAGAUAUAUCAGGAGCUCAGCUACAGAGUGAUCGUCUAAGUUUGGGCUUUAACAGCCAAAGCCAAUUGACUCAACCGCCUUAUUGAUCCUAUGGUUGAUUAUAACGCUACGUUAAACAAUCAACCGUCAACAAAAUUACAAAAAAAAAAUUUUAUAACUACAAAUAAAAAUUUUGAAUCAACUAUGCACACAGAACACUGCAUUAGCAGACGCUGAAGAUACUGAGAGAAUACUUGAAAAGCGUUAAUGACUUUUCCAACUUUCCAGAUAUUUUCAAUGAAGUUUGGAAAUAGUGAAACACAUUGAAGGACGCGGUGAUCUUGACAAAAAUGUACAAUUGUGUGCAAAUGUGUGCUUUUGAACAACAAAUAUAAACCAACAAAAAAGGGAAACGGAAGGAGACAAUGCAAACUAGAGAAUUAAAAACAUUAACCAGCCGUCGUUGCAACAAGAAUGGAGAGCGAUUGACAAGAAAUUAUAAACAAUUUUCUUUAUUAACGGAAGUACCUAGCAUGAAACGUAUGUUAAAUAUUUCAAUGGAAACGUACUUUAUGGGCGAACAUCUAUUCAGUUAUAAAUGCGCCAGACUAAAUAUCGUACCAUUCCAAACAGUACGCACAGUUAACCAAUUUGCUUGGUUGAACCUAUGACAUUGGCUAAAAAAAGCUAUGAGGAAUGCAUAAAAAUGCAACUGAGAAGGAGCAGAAAUAAAUGGGCCAACACAAAAAAAAAAAAAA